AUGCAGCCAACAAGUACCAAGCUUAAACUGUAUGAUGACAGUAUUGUGCCAACACUUGGAGAAUGCGACUUGGUAUGCUGUUACAAUGGAGAGGAACACAAGCUGAAUUUCAAGAUUGUAAGGGGAACGCAGAAUCCUCUACUGUCUGGAGGGACAUGCACCAACAUGCAGCUGAUCACAGUCCAUGUAGUGAAUAACAUCUGCACACCUCAGAAAACGGCGCCACAAGACAUAUUCACUGAAUAUCAAGAUGUUUUCCAAGGCCUUGGAUGUCUGCCAGGCGAAUACCAUCUCGAGGUUGAUAAAGAUGUCCAGCCUGUAAAGCAUACGCCACGACGAGUCGCAAUACCCUUGAAAGCAGAGCUGAAAGCACACAUUGCAGAUCUCGAGAAGAUGGAAGUCACAGAACCAACGGAUUGGAUAAGCAGUCAAGUUGUCGUACGGAAGGGUUCAAAGCUUCCACUUUGUAUUGAUCCCAAGGACUUAAACAAAGCUUUGAAGCGCUCACACUACCCGAUGCCGACCAUUGAAGAUAUCUUACCUGAAUUAGCGAAGGCAAAAGUUUUCAGUGUUGCAGAUGCUAAGAAUGGUUUUUGGCAAGUAAAGCUGGACGAAGACAGCAGCUUCUUGACGACCUUCUGGACACCGUUCGGGAGAUACAGAUGGUUGAGAAUGCCAUUUGGAAUCGCCACAGCACCGGAAGAAUACCAGAGGCGCCAACCCGAAGUACUUGAAGGUCUCCAGGGCAUCUAUGUUGUCGCAGAUGACAUCCUCAUCACAGGACAAGGAGAGACAGAAGAAGAAGCACUUCGAGAUCACGACAGUAAUCUAGUUGCAUUACUGGAGAGGGCAAGACAAGUAAACCUGAAGCUUAACCCAAAGAAGCUGAAACUCAGACUGCCAGAGGUCCCCUACACAGGUCAUCUCCUCACCCCGGGAGGCGUAAAACGAGAUCCCGAAAAGGUCCGUGCAGUACAGGAAAUGCCGCGUCCAGAUGGGAAAAGCAAAGCUGAGAAAAUAAAGGCUGUCCAACGGUUCCUCGGGUUUGUAAACUACUUAGCAAAGUUUGUACCGCAUCUCGCAGAUGAGAGUGAGCAACUAAGACGUCUCACAGACAAAGAAGCAGAGUGGGCGUGGGAACAACACCACCAAGACGCAUUUGACAGGAUCAAGAAUCUAGUAGCAAAUCAUCCGGUCCUACGAUAUUACGACGUCAGCAAGCCAGUCACUAUUCAGUGUGACAGCAGCGAAACUGGUCUUGGAGCCGCCUUACUGCAGGAUGAUCAGCAGGUGGCAUUCGCAUCAAGAACACUGACCCCAACAGAGCGCGGCUAUGCUCAGAUAGAAAAAGAGUGCUUGGCGAUAGUUUUCGCGUGUGAAAGGUUUAACCAGUACAUCUAUGGAAGAGAAUCGGUGCAUGUACAGAGUGACCACAAGCCUCUGGAAGCAAUCUUCCCCAAGCCGUUAACUUCAGCUCCAAAGCGUUUACAGGGCAUGCUGCUGCGUCUGCAGAAGUUCAACUUAGAUGUACGUUAUAAGAAAGGUGUAGAGAUGUACCUAGCAGACACACAAUCUAGAGCACCAUUGCCGGAGGUCGGUCCAGCCAAGAACAGUCUAAGACCAGAACACGAAGACGUCUGCCGGCUAGACAUAGAGCAAGUUAAUCCAACCGAAUUUCUCAGAGUAUCAGACGACGGUCUCAAGAGGAUUCAGAAGGAGACCGAGUGUGAUGAGAAGUUGCAACGUCUAAAAGAAACAGUGCUACAAGGCUGGCCUGAGACAAAACAAGAAGCAGAUCCGAGAGUUGCUAAAUAUUGGACAUACCGUGAUGAAAUAAGCGUCUAUAAUGGAGUGCUGUACAAGGGAGAGAGAGUUAUUGUCCCGUCUUCCCUACGGAAAACACUCAUGUCUCGCGUCCAUGCAAGUCAUCAAGGGGAGCAAGCAUGUCUCCGAAGAGCGAGGGAUGCUUUGUUUUUGCCUGAGAUGAGCCAACAGAUCAGAGAUCUCGUAAGCAGCUGUAGCCUCUGCGCAGAUCACGCGCCAGCUCAAGCCAAGGAACCAUUGAUGACACCAGAGCUUCCCAAACGCCCCUGGAGUAUCGUUGCGCAAGACCUCUACACUCUCAACGGGAAAGAUUUCCUAAUAACAGUGGAUGCUUACAGUGGAUUCUGGGAAGUUGAUGAACUAACCCAAGCUACAGCUGCCAACGUCAUAAACAAGACUAAACAGCACUUCGCGCAUUACGGAAUACCAGACAGGGUCUACAGCGAUAAUGGUCCACAGUUUGCUAAUGCAGAGUACACCACGUUUGCCUCCAGUUGGAAGUUCGAACACCAGACAUCGUCACCGUACCACAGCCAGUCCAACGGGCUGAUAGAAGCAGCUGUGAAAUCCGCAAAAAAAUCUGCAGAAGAAGGCGAAUAA